AUGUCUGCAAGGGAUGUGGAAGCAGCUCGAACAGAUCCAGAGGCCAGACCUCGGAAGCAGAAAUUGAGAUUUAUUGGUGAUCAAUAUACGCCUCAAUGGGUGAGAUACAAUGGACAAUCAAAAGAAGGUUUAUGUGAUACAUGUAAACCUGGUAAAUGGCUGCAACUUAAAAACAGUGCUUACUGGUAUCAUAAACAGUUCUUUCAUGGUAUCUCAUCUGUGUCAGGUAAAGAGUUUGUUCAACCUCUUGAGACACGUUGGAUGGAUCAAGAUUUAGUUGAAGGCCUUUGUCAUCAAUGUCAUCAAUGGGUUGCUGUGAGUAACGUAAAGAGAAAGAAUAGCGUACUUUGGUAUAGACACGCACAUAAGUGUCAUGUCUAUCAUAAACCUAAACCUACUGCACCAAAGAAACGGUAA